AUCUAUAUUUCUUCCGUGAUUUGUUCGUAUACACCACCAACUGAGCAAACAUUUUGUAUUAUUUUUCAGUUCUCUCUGGAACUCACCGAGUUUGUCUCUCUGGUUCGAGAUGGAGACCUACAAGGGAAACCCAUCUCAAAUCGACAGCUCCCAUGUCACGAGUGUUCUGAAGAGGAUCAAGAAAAGAAAAUUCCAGGCUGAGCAAUUGGGCUUGCCAAUACCAAAGCAUAAAUGCUGGGAACGAAUUUUUCCUUCUGAUGAACCUGUCUCCAUGUUUGAUGAAAAUCCGGAAGUAAAGAACAUGCAGACACGCACAACAAAGGGAAAAGUAGAGGGAGUGAUCCUGGAUGGUAGGUCUGAAUCUGAAUCAGGAAAAGGUAGCAACAGUUUUGCUGGAGAUUCUGAUUCUGCAACAUCGAUUUAUGUUGAAGCUAAACUAGAACAGGUGUAUGCAAGGGCAUGCCUAAAUGACAGGCCUUCCACUUCAUAUGCGAAUGAAGUGCAUCAACCUACAUAUCCUGAUGGCGAAAUACAAGCAUUUGAGAAUUAUGACGAGCACCUCCAAGAAUUUGGAAACCAGGUGGAUUACAUUUUCUCAGAAUAUGGAGAUGACUGCAUUGAGCAGUGUAAAGACAAGGAAUUUGAAGAUGUUAUAUACCCCAUUGGUUCGAACCCAAAUAAAUACAUACUUUCAUCUGGAAGAUGGAGUGUGAAUCAAGAUAAUUCAGACGUUCAAUCAGCUAGCAACAGGAAGCCAACCAUUGAUCAAGAAUUCGAGCAGUAUUUUUCCACGCUAAUGCUGUAGAACUCAUUGCUUGGAUGUGAGCAGCACAUGUAUAGUUUUUCUUUAACUUUUGUAUGUGAAUCAUGUAACCAGUUCAUGUUCUGACCAGCAUUUUGUUAUAUAUUCUGUUUAAUCUGAAAUGGGUUUUGCAAAGCU